AUGUCUCGCUGGUCCGCCCUCUUCCCCGCCCUCCCCAACCCCUUCCCCUUCCCCUCCUUCCCCACUGCGCCACCCUCCUCCUCCGCCACACCACCUGCCGCGCCCAUGAUGCCUCCGCCCUCCCCGCCCCACCCCCACGCACCCAUCGGGCCUGACAGGGGCAGCAAGGUGGGGAGGCCCGCCUCCCCCGUGCUGCCAGCGCGCUCCCACACCCCCCCUGCGCCCAUGCGCGCGCAGCCCCGCCCGUCCGCCCACACGGCCAGCCAGAGGGGGUCGCUCUCCCCCCCCGACUCCGCCUCCCAGCAGCGCUGCAGCGUGGGCCGUCCGAUCCGAUCCGUGGGAAUGGACCGCAGCGAUUCAACGAGCGAGAGGGGGGACGAGGGGCUGCAGCAGCGGCGGCGGCGGCGGCGACGGCGGGGAGGAGAUGAGGACGGGGACAGGGAAGGGGAAGCGGAGCAGAGAGGCGGGGGAGAGAGGCAGGUGAGGGACGCGAGGAGGAAAGGGGAGCUGGUAAGUGGGAUGGGCAAGGGUAGUGAAGGCGGGGGCGCGGCAGGCGGGGUGGGGGCGAGCAGGAUGGUUGGCAGUGCUGCAGUGGGUGGGCGGGGGGGUGGGCGGGGGGGAGAAGGAAGUGAGGAGGAUAAUCGGGAUGAGUGUGCUGUGGAGUCGCGCGUGCUUGGUGCUGAGGGCAGCGCCGGUGCAGGGGAGCAGCAGGGUGAGGGCGUGGGUAGCAGGACGAGGGGCAGUGGGAAGGACGAGCAGGAUGGGAAUUUGGAAAUGGGGGAGGCUGGGCUGGAAAGAGUGAUGGUUGAGCAGAGGGCGGUGGGAAGAGGAGAGGAGGAGGAGGAGGAGGAGGAGGAGGGCGAGAGUGAGCAGAGCAUGGGGGGUGAGAGGGCGUGCAAGAGGCGGCGAGGGGAGGCGAGUAGAGGAGGCGAGGAGUGUGUGCGUGGUGUGGCGAGUGGGGGUGGAGUGGCGAGUGGGGGUGGAGUGGCAGUGGCAGAUGCCAUGGAGGUGAGUGAAGGGUGCAGAGAGCCGGAGGGAGAGCGGGGGCGGUGGAAGGAGCAGGAGAUGGUGGGGGGAGGGGAGGGAGCAGACGAGGCAGGCAGGCAGGGGGGCGGAGAGGGCGGCAGCAGCAGUGGUGGUGGUGGUGCUGGAAACCGUGCUGGAAACCGUGCCCUGCCAAGAAGCCGCCUCUGCACUGCCGCCGCUCCACCCCCUCUCAAGUGCGAUGAUGGCAGGGCGGGAGCAGAGGAGGGCAUGAAGGGGGCACAGGAGGAAGUGAAGAGCGAGGCGGGGCAAGGCACAGAUGGUGCAGAGGGUGUGCAGCGAGGGGUGGUGGCCCGUGGUGCUGGUGAGUCCAGGGGAAGCCGUGAGCGCACCUCUGACCCUGCCUCCCCGCCUGCUGCUCUCCCGCCUUCUGCUGCUCAUGCCCCUCCUCCUCCUCCCACUGCUGCUUCUGCUGCUGAUGCGUCUGCAGCAGCUGCGUUGCCGGCAUGCCAGGGUGACGAGCUGGGAUCGGGACAGCAAGGUGGGGGAGAGCGCGUGAGCGAUGCGCAAAGUGCCGAACCACAGGAGGGGGUGAUGCAGGUGCAGCAGGUUGCAGGAGGAGCAGAGACAGCGAGGCCAGCAGGCAGCACAGGCGGAGUGGCAAGGGACGAGCAGGCAGCAGCAGCUGCACUAUCGGACGGGGGGCAGUGGCGCAAGUACGGGCAGAAGGUGUCCAAGGGCAACCCGUGUCCGCGCGCCUACUACCGCUGCACGGCGGCCCCGGCAUGCCCGGUGCGCAAGCAGGUGCAGCGCUGUGCGGACGACAUGGCGUUCCUCAUCGUCACCUACGAGGGCACGCACUCACACGCGCUGGCCCCGCACGCCACCGCCAUGGCCAUGCUCACCUCCUCCGCCUCCGUGGUGUCCUCUGCCGGCGCGCAUGCCCCCCUCGCCUCGCCCUCUCUCUUCGCCCCCUCCUCUGCCUCCUCCCCCGCUGCCUUCCCCGCCCACCACGCGUUCCCUCCACCACCGUCGCUGAUGGGAGCAGCAGGUGGGGCCGGAACGCCAGGCAGCACCACUGCCCACACGCCCACCGCUGCUGCUGCAGCGGGUGCAUUCCCCUCGGACCCGUCUCUGCUGGCGUCGCCGCUUGCCACGCCCACUCUGGCCGGCACGCCCUCGUCGCCCUUUGUGACGGCCACGGCUGCCCUGCCCACCGUCACCCUCGACCUCUCCACCUUCCCCCCCCACCAGCUGGCCCAGCUAGGCCUGGGGGUGAGUGCAGGAGGGGGGGGCACAGGGGGUGGGAUGGGGGGGGGAAUGAGCAAUCCUGUGCCUGGCACUGCUGCUGGCGCUGCUCUCAGUGGCUCGUCUGCACCACCGCUUGCUCCGCCAUCCUCCCCACCGGCCCCCUCCGCCCAGCCUCCUGUGCUGACUGCACCACCAGUUGCAGCAGCAUCAGCCACACAACCCAUGCACCCACCAGCACUGCCAUUCACAGCAGCAGCACACACGCCCACAGGUGCUGCUGCUCCCACACCUGCCACCACCCCAAGUAACGCCGCCACCACCCCCACCGGCGCCCCCUGGUGGUGGCCUGGCGCCCCUGCCCCCUCCCCUUCCUCCGCCCCGCGUCCCCCCACUGCCCCUCUUGCUGCUCCCUCAGCGCCCACUGCCGCCCCCGCGGGCGCAUGCGGUGCUGCGCCGUCGUCUGCAGCGUCCACGCCAUCGCCCAUCCACGGCCUGCUGCUCCCCACCCCCCUCCCUGCCUCUGCCGCCACUCCCCCUGCAUCCACCCCUGCACCCUUCUCCCCGCCCCUGCCUGCUGCUGCUGCUACUCCUCUUGCGCUCCCACCCACUCUGCCCUCUGCCGCUUACCCUGCCUCAAGUGGGCUGGCAGCAGCAGCGGAUGAGGCGCCUCCCCUCAUCCACAUUCCCCGGCGCCGCGUGGUUGGCCACUUCACACCUGAGCGCCCUGCUGCUGCUGCUGCUGCUGGAGCCCCUGCUCCUCCUGCUGCCUAUGCGCCCCUGGGUGCUGAGAGCAGUGCGGGAGCGGGCACACCAGUGGCAGGCGGUGGUGCAGCCAUCCCGCAGCAGCAGGCAGCAGCAUCCGUGCAGCAGCAGCAGGCACACCAGCAGCACUCCAUGUUUCUCUCGUCGCCCUCAUUUGCCUCGUCGCUCUUCCCCGUCCUCCCUCCCUCCACUGUUGCCGCACAUGCCCCUGCCGCCUGGCCCUUCACCCCUACAGCCUCCCACUCUGCCGCAGCACCAGCAGCAGCAAACUCGACUCAAGCCAUGCCGGCAGCACAGCACCAAGGUGCUGCAGCGCUGCACCAAGCAGCGGCACCCAGCGGACUGCUGCUGUCGCCAGGCGCCUCUGCAUCGCUGCUGCCCUCCCCCCUCGCCGCUCCCAUGACCCCAGCUCCAUCCCCCCUUGGCUUCUCGCACCUCUUUCAACCUCCCUCCACCACUCCUCUCGACCUCUUCCCGCAGGUACCACUCGCUUGCAUCCCCUGA